AUGCCUCUGGUUAGAUCACUGUCUGUGACCUCUCUUAAUGGGCUUCCUCAGUGGGAGGAUGAAGACCUGCCAGUGGAGGAUUUACUGCUCUUUGAAGUCGCUUGGGAAGUUACCAAUAAAGUUGGUGGCAUCUACACUGUGAUCCAGACAAAAGCCAAAAUUACAAUUGACGAAUGGGGUGAAAAUUAUUUUCUGAUCGGUCCCUACUUUGAGCACAACGUGAAGACUCAGGUAGAGGUGUGCGAGCCUCCGAACCAGGCAAUUAAAAAGGCAGUGGACACGUUGAAAGGCCAGGGGUGUCAGGUAUUUUUUGGAAGAUGGCUGAUAGAAGGCAACCCAUACGUUAUGCUGUUUGACAUAGGAUCGGCAGCUUGGAAUCUGGACAGAUGGAAAGGAGAGUUCUGGGAUGCAUGCAACAUAGGAAUCCCUUUUAAUGACAGAGAGGCCAACGAUGCACUGAUCUUUGGAUCAUUAACUGCCUGGUUCUUUAAAGAGCUCACCAGCCAGUUUGAUGACAAACCCAACUUGAUUGCUCACUUUCAUGAAUGGCAGGCAGGAGCUGGGCUAAUCCUCUCUCGAUUUAGGAAACUUCCAGUUGCCACAGUCUUUACUACCCAUGCCACACUGCUCGGGAGGUACCUGUGUGCAGCAAGUAUAGAUUUCUACAACAAACUUGACCAGUUUGACAUAGACAAAGAAGCAGGAGAGAGACAGAUUUACCAUCGUUACUGUAUGGAACGGGCGUCUGUACAUUGUGCCCAUGUUUUCACCACGGUUUCUCAGAUAACAGCCAUAGAAGCAGAACACAUGCUUAAGAGAAAAGCUGAUGUUGUUACUCCAAAUGGCUUGAACAUUAAGAAAUUUUCAGCAAUGCAUGAGUUUCAGAAUUUGCAUGCCAUGUACAAGGCUAGGAUCCAAGAGUUCGUUCGAGGCCAUUUCUAUGGCCAUCUUGACUUCAGCCUUGCAAGGACCUUGUUUUUCUUCAUCGCUGGGAGAUACGAAUAUUCAAACAAAGGAGCUGAUUUGUUUCUAGAGGCCUUAUCCAGAUUAAACUUCCUGCUGCGGGUUCACAGAAGUGAUGUUACAGUCAUCGUGUUCUUCAUCAUGCCAGCAAAGACUAACAAUUUCAAUGUGGAAACACUGAAAGGCCAAGCGGUACGAAAGCAACUAUGGGACACCGCACAAUGUGUGAAAGAAAAAUUUGGAAAGAAACUCUAUGAUGCACUACUGAAAGGAGAAAUUCCAGAUCUGAACAAGAUCCUUGACCGGGAUGAUGUAACCAUUAUGAAACGAGCCAUCUUUUCAACUCAGCGACAGUCUCUGCCUCCAGUGACCACACACAACAUGAUCGAUGAUUCCAAUGAUCCAAUCCUCAAUACCAUCCGGCGCAUCGGACUCUUCAAUAACCGCACAGACAGAGUUAAGGUGAUAUUACACCCAGAGUUCCUGUCUUCAACAAGUCCAUUAUUACCCAUGGACUAUGAAGAUUUUGUCAGAGGCUGCCAUUUGGGGGUGUUUCCCUCAUACUAUGAGCCCUGGGGUUACACUCCAGCUGAGUGCACUGUGAUGGGCAUUCCCAGUGUGACCACAAACCUCUCUGGAUUUGGCUGUUUCCUGCAGGAGCAUGUAGCUGACCCAGCUGCUUAUGGCAUUUACAUAGUUGACAGGAGGUACCGCUCUCCUGAUGAGUCAUGUAACCAGCUGACUCAGUUCUUGUAUGGAUUUUGCCAGCAGUCACGGCGUCAGAGGAUCAUCCAGAGAAAUCGAACUGAGAGGCUCUCAGACCUACUGGACUGGAGAUAUUUAGGCAGGUACUAUAUGCAUGCCAGACACCUGGCUCUGAGCAGAACUUUCCCAGAUAAAUUUGAGAUGGAACCAAAUGCUCCACCAAAGACGGAAGGUUUCAGGUACCCCAGGCCUUCAUCAGUACCACCAUCACCUUCUGUCUCUCAGCAUUCCAGCCCUCAUCAUAGCGAGGAUGAAGAUGAGGAUGAAAGAUACGACGAGGAUGAAGAAGCCGAAAGAGACAGGCAAAACAUAAAGUCACCUUUGUCCCUUGGAGCACUGCCACAAAGAAAGAAAAAGCAGCAUGGAGAAUACAGGAACUGAAUUCCUUUGCUGUCACCGCAACAUGGUCUUCAUCCACUACAGAGCACCCAAGUGUAGGCUAGUGAAUCUCUGUGUUAAGGGCAGUGCAGUGUG